UCUAUUCACACGCUAGUUAACGCUAGUUAGUUUCCCCAUCUUAGCUGCCCUCUCUCUCCCCACCCCUUUUCCAGGCUGCCUUUUUCCAUCGACAAUGAGAACAUCUGGUUCGUCUCCCAGCUGGUCUGCCCCGUGGUGCUGCGGAAUAAAAUCAGGGGAGAGGACCUGAGACUCUGCAGGUGCAGCAGCCACGCCAUUCCUCAUGUGACUGACCUGGAAUUUGAUUUUCUCAUCAACAACCAGAUCGCCUGCCCAGAGCAAAUCAUCGUGAUCUGUGUGUACGACUCCUCGAUGGCGGAGGACGGCUCGCUGCAGGACAUAGAAGAAUUGUAUGCCCGCAAGCACAGGACGAGAAACAUGCCCUGCAUACAGAGCCGCCUGGAUCCCUUUCGGUUGCUCAAGUACAACAUCAGUAAUGCUGAUGAAUUCACCGGGCAUGCUGGUUCCCUCUUGGUCUACCGACACAAUGUUGCCCCAGGCAUGUUCUUGAUGUAUAUUCAGGGAAAGCUGUUGUUUGCCAACUAUGUGUUAAACGGGUACAGCACAUCUGCUAAAGACCUCCAGAAGCAAAUUGUGAAGACCAGAAAUGAUUACCACAUGGGUUACCAUCUACCUAAUGACUUCAGAGUUAGGAAUCAGAAUCCAAACUGGACCGUUAAUGGACACUGGCCAAGAUACACUGCGCAGUUUGCUAGAGGAGUAACCGGGAUGUCCAAACCUCCUUUAUGAAGAAUCUGGUAUCUGGUUCAGAGAGAAAAUGCUGUGGGCAAAAUGGUCAACUUCCUGCAUACGUGUCUGAUUGGUC